AUGUCUUCAGGCGACGCCCUUGACCCGGCUAACAAGCCGGGCCUGACCAUCGAGACCACCACGACCACCCUCCAACACAAACCCUCGCAAGAAACGCUCCAACCAUUCCCUACACUGGAAGAAAAGGACUCGGCGUACCCGCGGCCGUCCGAUCUAUCAACCCCGGCCACAGCACGCGCGAAUCCCUUCGACACCGAUAUCGAGGCGAUGCACGUCAUCACACAAGACUCCAGCAGGAAGUCGGCCGAAUGCACCAAAGGGGGGACGGAUUGCCAUGCCUGGCCUGGGCAAGACCAUUGGAAGAAGAAGGCCAAGGCGGCCAGGAGGAACAAGCACAGCUGCAACUGCCUCGCAAGCAUGAGCAAGCGCAACCGCAUCACCGUCAAGAUUCUCAUCAUCAUUCUCAUCGUCGGCAUCGCCGUCGCCGUCGGCUUCGGCGUCAGCAAGCCACUCGGCGCGGGCAUCUGGCGCAGCGAGACGCAGAAUAGCUGA